CACAAACAGUCCAUACAAAACCUCCACCACCACAGCAAUGUCUCUCCUCCUCGCCUCUCACUCUUCCUUCCUCUUCAAGAACCCCAACACCACAAAACUCCAUUUCUCCACCCUUCACCCUCUCAAACCCCCUGCUCUCUCUUUCUCUCUCCUCCCCUCACCACCCUCAAACCCUAGAAGAAUCCGCCUCUCCUCCAUCCGCUUCUCCUCGUCCAAUUUCUCCGGCGACCUUCCGGACCCACCCUCCUUCAAACCUCCGGCAGAGGAGCCCGAAAACGACGAGGUAUCAGACAAUGCAUCACCCUCCACUUUUGUCGACGAGUGGGGCGAGAAGGCGGAGCCAGAGGCCAAGCCUUCGACCAAAUUAUCGGAUUCUGAUCCUCCAAAGGAUGAGGACGAAUGGGGUGGAGUUGGAGUGGAAUCGGGUAAUGGUAGUGCUGGUGUUGAAGUGAGUGGUGCUGAUGAUAAGCUUUGGGAGCUGAAGAAGGCUCUGGUGGACACUGUUUAUGACAAUGAUUUUGGGUUUCGGGCGUCCUUGGAGGUCCGGGCCGAGGCUCUGGAGUUGGUUACUCAGUUGGAGGCAGCCAAUCCGACUCCGGCGCCAACCGAGGCUGUAGAGGUGCUUGAUGGGAAUUGGGUUUUGUUGUAUACGGCAUUUUCUGAGCUGUUGCCUCUGCUGGCAGUGGGCACAAUCCCUUUGUUGAAGGUUGAGAGGAUUUGCCAAGAAAUUAACACCGGCAGCCUUACAAUAGAGAACUCCAUCACAUUGUCCAGUCCGGUUGCUAGCUUCUCCUUUAGUGCUUCUGCUUCUUUUGAAGUUCGAAGUCCCUCAAGAAUACAGGUUCAAUUUAAGGAAGGGACCCUGAAGCCUCCAGAGAUCAAGUCAAGUGUUGAUCUUCCAGAGAGCAUUGAUCUUUUUGGGCAGAAGAUCAAUUUGUCACCCGCACGGCAGGUAGUCAAUCCUCUGCAAGAUGCUGUGGCAGGUAUAGCAAGAUCUAUUUCUGGCCAAUCUCCUCUUAAGAUUCCUAUUCCAGGCGAGCGGGCAGCAUCUUGGCUUCUUGUCACGUAUCUUGACAAGGAUCUUCGUAUUUCGAGAGGGGAUGGUGGCCUUUUUGUGCUUGCUAAAGAAGGAAGUCCUCUUCUAGAUCAGUAGCCAGGUAUCUCAUUUUCAUGUGGAUUUUAUAGAUCUUGGGUUCACUUGUACUAUAUUUACUUGUAUCUCCGUAAUUAUAUACGAGGUGAAUUGUUUUUUAACUGGUUACCUCAUUUGAUUUGUUCAAGGUAUACAUAGGGAUGGUUUCUGGAAUUAGGCCAAGGGGAUACAACUCUGUGGGAAAAUUUUUUUUGGGCUUUUUCGUAUUGCACACUAAAAGAUUUCAAGUUUUUUCCUUUGUACUCUUAAAAAUUAAGGGCGUG